AUGCGGCUUCCAAAUUAUACUCUCAUUGGCCUCUUCUCUAUGCCAGGAGUUCUGGCAAAUCUUCUAGGACCGACCUAUCCUCCUCCCAGAGAUUUGUCCAGCAGCAACAGCCGAGUCGCCGCGAGCUGGAAGAAUCUCACUUCCCAACUCAACGCCUAUCUCGACGGUCACGCCAAUGGAACCAGUGGAGUAUCUGCACUGAAAAACCUCACCUUUUCUGCUGGGUUGUUUUCCACACUUGACCCAAAGGCCGAGCAUCUACAGUACCACCACACCGCUAGUGAAGUUGCAGAAUCCCCUAUCGGGGCGAAGAAGGUCGAUGGAGACAGCAUCUACAAGGUGGCCAGUGUUUCCAAACUCUUCACUGUCCUCGCUGGCCUACUCGAGCUAGAUGAUAAAGACUGGGAACGUCCACUCACAGACAUCUUCCCCUCCCUAGCAGAGCAAGUUCGUGGGAACCGCGACAAGUUCCAGCUUACCCGUGACGUCCAAUGGGACAAGAUCACACUCAAAGCCAUUGCCAGUCAGAUGAGUGGCAUACCACAUGGUGGCACUGCUGAAUUCCUGUACAAAUUUGCGCUUGCAAAAAUAUCAGGCUCUCAUAAUCCCAAGGCAACCGAUCCAAACUUCUACGGCCUACCACCCUUGAACGACAGUGACUUGUCGCUCUGGCCUCCAUGUAUCGGAGACCAAGUCCAAGGUUGUAACCCGGUUCCUUGGGAUGAAGGAUAUGCUGCAAGCGCCCCUGUCUUCCUUCCCUGGGCCAGUCCGGAGUAUGCGAACAACAACUUCGCCCUGCUGGGUCUCGCGAUCUCGAACCUUACCGGAAAAACUAUGGAUGGGUGGUAUGGGGAAUCGAUCUUCGACCCCUUGGGUAUGAAAUCAACCUUCUCAUCGCCCCCUGACAACUCAAGUCUCUCUCAUCAUGUCACUGCCGAAACCCUGCAACCCGAAUUUCAGAUGGAUGGAGGUGCUACGAUCCCAUCAGGUGGCUUGUUCUCCACAACCAACGAUCUCGCCAAGUUCGGCGUUGGCCUUCUCAACUCUACCCUUCUUCCUUCUGAAAAAACGCACGAGUGGAUGAAGCCUGUCACUCGUACCGCUAGUCUGCGGUACUCUGUCGGCAAACCAUGGGAAAUCCAUCGCUUCGUCCACGCGAAAUCCGGCAUCGUCACCGAUAUCUAUACAAAGCUUGGAGAUUCAGGCUCCUACGGCGGGAUCGUCGCCAUCAUUCCCGAGUUUAGUGCCGGUUUCAGUUUCCUUGGAGCCAGUUCUCUAGCAUCUCGCAGUCCGUUAAUGCUUCUUGCCAUUGAUCUGAUUACCGAUUCCAUUCUUCCAGCACUGAUGGAGCAAGCCGCAUGCGAAGCCAAGCAGAAGUUUGCGGGGACAUACAAGGCUGAAAGCCUCAAUUCUUCCAUUACAUUCUCUGUCGUCCCGCCUAUGCAGCCUGAACCUGGAUUGAAGAUCUCCUCGUGGGUUAGCAAUGGUACCGACCUCAUGCCCCAAUUUGAAGCCCUCUUUAGCGGUAAAAAUGUAAGGCUGGUGCCGACCAUUGUGCCUGAGGAUGUAAGUGGCAAAAUUGCAUUCCGAUCCUAUACUUCUCCGGAUGUCAAGCCGAAUGUGGGUAUUGGUGCCUCUUCCAAUCUGUUCUCGUCGCUUUAUGAUGUCAGCAAAUGGCUCACCCUUGAUUCGUUGCUUUGGGGUGCUUUUGCUACGGAUUUGUUCAUCUUUGAUGUUGAGAAAGAUGGGAAGGUCAAGGCUGUGACACCGACUGCCUACAGGGUGAAGAUGGAGAAGAAGUGA